UCCCGGUUAGUCGACGCCGGUGCGGAUCAGUAUAAUUCCCAUUUGCUGCGAGUUCGCGCGCGGGAGAUCCCAGUGGCUGUCCCUCCCAGUGGCGGCCUCGCGUUAUAAUCAGAUAAAUUGCGGAUCCACGUUCCCGGACGAGCGUGAGAACACUCGGGACGAUAAGGAACGUCGCGCGAGAAGGCAACGUCGUCCCCUCGUUUGGGAUUAUUGUCCGAUAUUGUCGGGCACCGGGCGUCAGGAAAGCUCGUUGCGACCGGUGGAGCCGACAAAGGCGUAAAAACGCCCCGAUUCUCUUCUGGCUGAUAUACGUGCCGUAGCCGCGGUGAAUCGCUUAGGCAAGAUGGCGGAACUGCAGGGCACUCCGGGGGCACAGGACGCCCUGGCUGUGGCGCAGCUCGAGCUCGAGGGGAAUCCAAAUGCCUUGGCGCUGCGAAGGCCAUUCGAUCCGGUGGCGCAUGAUCUCGAUGCAUCCUUCCGCCUGACGCGUUUCGCCGAUCUAAAAGGAUGAGGGUGUAAAGUCCCUCAGGAGAUUCUCGGGAAACUCCUUGAGGGACUGCAGGCUGAUGACGCGUCCGCACAGGAUCACGAGCAUGCCCACUUUAUGCACAUGGCGAUUCCGCGAAUCGGCAUUGGCAUGGAUUCCUCUGUUACGCCGGUAAGACACGGCGGGCUGAGUUUGGUGCAGACCACAGAUUUUUUUUAUCCACUAGUUGACGAUCCUUAUAUGAUGGGUAAAAUCGCGUGCGCGAAUGUCCUCAGCGAUUUAUAUGCAAUGGGUGUCACGGACUGUGACAAUAUGCUGAUGCUGUUGGGAGUUAGCACAAAAAUGACAGAGAAGGAGCGUGAUGUCGUCGUGCCCCUGAUUAUGAGAGGAUUCAAGGAUUCUGCUCUAGAAGCAGGUACUACAGUGACUGGUGGUCAAACGGUUGUGAAUCCUUGGUGCACUAUAGGUGGUGUUGCUACUACUGUUUGCCAGCCAAACGAGUACAUUGUGCCAGAUAACGCUGUUGUGGGAGAUGUUCUGGUCCUAACAAAGCCUCUCGGUACGCAAGUCGCCGUUAAUGCGCAUCAAUGGCUUGAUCAGCCUGACCGUUGGAACAGAAUCAAACUUGUAGUUAGUGAGGAAGAUGUGAGAAAAGGUUAUCAACGUGCAAUGGAUAGUAUGGCCAGAUUGAAUAGGACAGCUGCAAGAUUAAUGCACAAAUAUAAUGCACAUGGAGCCACAGAUGUUACUGGUUUUGGCCUUUUAGGUCAUGCUCAGAAUUUAGCCAAGCAUCAGAAAAAUGAAGUAUCCUUUGUUAUCCAUAAUCUGCCUGUUAUCUCCAAAAUGGCAGCAGUGGCGAAAGCAUGUGGCAACAUGUUUCAGCUAUUGCAGGGUCAUUCGGCUGAGACGAGUGGCGGUUUGCUUAUUUGCCUUCCCCGAGAGCAGGCUGCAGCAUAUUGUAAAGACAUCGAGAAGCAGGAGGGAUAUCAAGCGUGGAUUAUUGGCAUCGUAGAAAAAGGACUUCGCACGGCUAGAAUAAUUGAUAAGCCGCGAGUGAUCGAAGUUCCUGCUAAGGAGAAAGAUGGCGAGCUUUGGUAAAACUAAUAAUAAUAAUAAUAAUGAGAUACUAAUAGUAAAAAGAAAGGCCCAGAAAGACAUUGCGCAUAUGCCUCCUCGAUUACACAUACAUUUAUAUAUUUGGAAAAUAGCACGCACUCGAUGAGCGCUUUUACAGAUGUACAUGUCUAAAAAUAAUUAUUUUCAUAUCUACAUUUCGCGUAUUUUCUUCACUGAUUAAAAAGACCAUAAUUAACUAGUAUUAACAUUUCGAUUAUUAAGUCAUGAAAAAGUUAUUCCAUUAUAUUGCUUAACGAUUCAUUUUUAUUAU